UAAUGUGCCAUUUCGGUAUUAAAAUUGAUAAUCCAUUCGCUGGCCCCAGUCCGCUAGUCCGUGCCGCGGCACAGGUACAGGUCGUAACGUCGUGCGGUCGUACACGGGCGAGCAAAAGAUGUGCGUUCACGGGAAUUUAAUUGUACCGCUGGUACUGUGCGCUACGGUUGCGCUGGGUCUCGCACACACGGUCAGUCCGUCCGGGGUGAUCAAGGUUGAUCCGCCACCGAACAGUACUGUCGCCAGUGGCUUCGAAUGGUGGCCAGCGAGCGGACCGGAGGACACGGACAGUCAGGCGAUGCCGGAGCUAGAGCGGUCCCGAUCGAAACGCCGUACGAAAGAUCCGGACGAUAAGAACAACAUUGAGUCAAGUAUAUCGCUCUGGGAGUGGCUGAAGGGACGCGACAAACAUGAGGAAAACUGUAUGCUGAUCGCGAUCGGUGGUGUGGCGAGUGGUGGCGCCCUGACGGGUGCAUUCGUUGGGGCAGGCAUCGGGAGCAUCUUCACCGGACCGGGUGCCAUCGUGGGUGGCAUCAUUGGAGGGCUGGUUGGUGUGUUUGGAGGCAUGAGCGUGGGUGCGAGAGCGGGUGCAGUGACUUGUGACAGUGUCUAG